AUGGACGUGCUAAACAUGGUGGCCGAAGCGUUCGCCGCUCUGGAUGAAAUCAUCGUAGGACCCGUAGGACCACCAUUGCAGUUGCAACCGCCGGUGGUCGCUGUACCUGCUAAUGCUAACGGGCAGCGGAACGAGAUAGCGCCACCGUACAAACAAGCUCACGGCGAUAGCCAGCAAUCGGCCACGGAAAUGCGCAAGAAAGGAAUCCGCUCGGAAGGCGUCAACAAGACCCAAGCCUGCCGAAUUCCUCCUAGGUGGGACUACGUCCGGGUAGAGACGGUCGAAAAGAACAUUUACAGGGAACAUGUUACAAGUGCGCAACGCUCUGAGAUAGAGGUGAAUGCCUAUCGGCUUGAUAACGGUAUCGAAAUUGGUGGCCGAGCUGUGCCCAAGCCCAUCUUGAACAUUGAAGAGGCCAACCUGCCAGGCUGCCUAUAUGAAUGGUUGCGUGCGACGAAUCACGGCUCCCUUACGAGCAUAGAAGCUCAGUGCUGGCCUGUAGCACUCAGCGGCAGGGACCUUCUGGCUGUAGUCCAAGCUGCCCCCUUGGAAGUAAAGGCGGUCGCCUACCUCGUACCCGCCGUGGUACACGUCUUGAGCCAGCGCCCCUUGCAGUCCGGCGAUGGACCCAUCGCACUUGUUGUGGUUGCGACUCGUGAGAUGGCCCGGGAAGUCUACCAGGUUGCCUGCAGCAUCCAGGAGUGCACGAAGGUUAGAUCUGCGUGCCUCUCCUGUCGCGAACCCAAAGAACCGCAGCUCGAAGACCUCGAGAAACGUCCGCAGAUCUGCAUCGCGACUCCCGGUCGUCUCCUCAGCUUUCUGAAAGAAGGCAGGGUGCACCUCUUGCGAUGCACGCACGUGGUGUUUGACAGGGCCGAUCUUAUGAUGGAUCUGGGCAUCGAGUUUCAAAUUCAGGCCAUUAGGGAGUGGAUUCGUCCGGACCACCAGACGCAAGUAUGGCUUCCUUCAAGAACCCAGAACGUGCGUCCGCUGUGCGAGGACCUGCUUGAAGACUACGUCCAGGUCAGCAUCGACGUAAAGCCGGCACUUCCGCACGAUUCUGUCGAGCAGAUCGUAUUCGUCUGUGACGAGGCAGAUAAAGGCGAGCGACUCGUCGAGCUUCUCCAGGACAUCGACGACGAGGCACGCGACAAAGUCAUCAUUUUUGCCGAAACCAAGCAAACAGUGGACGACAUCGUGGGUUUGUUGGCGCUCCGAGAACACCCCGCUAUCGGCAUCCACGGGAAAAAGACGGACGAGGAGCUGGACUGGGCGCUUUCCUCGUUUCGAGAGAACGGAACUUCCGUCCUGGUGUCCACCGACUUGUUCUCGCGAAAACUGGACGUUCCCGGCGGCGCACGGUUCGUCGUGAACUACGACUACCCCAGGUGUUCGGACGUUUACAUGAUGCGCCUGCGUCGUGCUGCCUGGAAUUCUGGACGGGCUGCCGUGGCGUACACGUUGUUCACGCACCAGGACAAACGGCAUGCCAGCGACCUCGUGUCCAUUCUUCGCGAUGCAAGGCAACCGGUACCGGUCGAGCUUAAAGACAUGCUCAAAGAAACAGGGCGUGAGCGCAGAUUAGGCAGAGGCAAGCAAUGUGCAUCGUGA